AUGUUUGUAGCACUAGUUAAUGAAAAUCUUUGUUUUUUUUUUCUUCUUGUAUUUGUUUAUUUUAAUGUUCUCUUCAGAACUUAUCAUCAAAAAAUGACCGAAGGUACAAUUGCACAAGUUUCAUCAGUUCAAACUGCUAAUAAUACAAAUGUUUCACCAAAGAAACAACAAAAAAAAACAACAAAAGGCAAAUCAACACACGUUGUAACACAUCCAAAAUAUUCUGAAAUGAUUAAAGCAGCAUUAAAAUCAUUAAAUGAUCGUGGUGGAAGUUCACGUGCUGCUAUACUUAAAUUUGUUUUAGCUAAUUAUUCACUUGAUCCAACACAAGCUAAUCAACAUCUUAAAUUAGCACUUAAAAAUGGUGUUAAAGCUAAAUAUUUUAAACAAACAAAAGGUAAUGGUGCAAGUGGUUCAUUUAAAUUAGCAUCAACAGGUGAAAAUAAACCAACAAAAAAAAAAUCAAUUAAACCAAAAAAAACAACAUCAUCAUCAACAUCAUCAACAGCAACAAAAAAACGUGCUCGUUCAAAAUCUGCUGGAACAAAAUCAGCUAAAAAGGUCGCUACUAUUGCUGAUACAAAUAAUUCAGCUACAACAACAACAACAUCAACUGCUGCUGCUGUUAAACCAAAACAAACUAAAGUUGUUAAACCAAAAACAAGUGCAACACCAAAAUCAACUAAUGCUGCUAAAACAAAAAGAACAACACAAACAAAAUCCAAACGAACAACAGGAACUAAAACAGCUGGUGUUAAAAAGGCAACAACAACAACAACAGCAACAAAAAAAGUUGCUCAACCAAAAGUUAAAAAGGCAACUACACCAAAAAAACCAAAAUCAACAGCAACAAAAAAAGCAACAACUGGUAAAAAGGUAUCAAAACCAAAAUCAACCAAAAAAGUUUCAUCACCAAAGAAAACAACCAAAUAA